AUGACAGCACCUAAAGCCAAGCCUGCCGUGACUGGCGUGGCCUAUCGGAACUUAGACGCCGCGCUGUACCAGGUUCGCUUCCUGCGCUACACAAGCUGUGAUAGGAACGGCCUCCUUCGUUUCGAGCUUGCUGUAUUAUCUAUCAAUGUACAGCCCAGGUACACUGCUCUGUCCUACGGCUGGGGCGAUGCCUCCACGAAAGAACGGAUCUGCAUCAACGGUCAAGAUGCUCUCGUACCGACAAAUCUCGUGUCAGCCUUACGGAAUCUUGGGGCAAAGGAAGGUGAUCUGCUAUGGGCAGAUGCAGUCUGUAUCAAUCAGGAGAACAAGCCCGAGAAGGCGGACCAAGUCAAGCUGAUGGGCUUGAUUUAUGAGAAAGCUUACAGAGUAGUCAUCUGGCUCGGGUCCGAAGGCGAGGAUACUGCGCAUGCUACGGCGUUGCUGGGAGAUUUCGCAAACCAUGUGAACUUCCGAAAACUGGAGGAAGACGGCUACGCCUAUCACGAUCAACUAGCCGCAGAAGUAACUGCUCCUCGAUUCUUUUCCGACCCGGACUUUGCACAUCACUGGUUUGCCCACAUCCUCCAGAAGCAGAAAGAUCCUGCGCGGGCAUUGCGAGGUGUCAAUGAGAUUGUCAUGCGGCCAUACUGGGAACGUGUCUGGGUCGUUCAAGAAGCGGCCAAAGCUAGUCGCGCUUUGGUGCGAUGCGGCCGUUUACGAAUCAAUCUCAACGCAAUACUGGCCAUAGUGUCCUGCUUACCAGGGAUUCCCCACAGGGAACAGACUUUGCUUGAGACGAUAUUGAAGUUUCGGAUACAAGAGUCUAACAGCGCUGGCGAUUGUUCCAAUCGAGUCUCGCUGUACCAAGCACUGAUAGACACUCGCUACUCCCUUGCAACGGAGCCUCGAGACAAGGUCUACUCACUGUUGGGUCUGACGAGCGAUGGGGACGAUCUUCUUCCGACUCCGUCUUACGUGGGAACACCGGAGCAAGCUUUCGCUACUGUCAGUAGAGCCAUCCUUCGCUCAAGACGCGCGACCAACCUCCUUCUGCUGUCUGGCUGGGUACCCCUGAACGGAAAAGACAUUCGUCCACAAGUCCGGGCAGUAGACUGGGCUGACACAAAAUUCCGCAUCCCGAAUUGGCUUACAUUCAGCUUUGGCGCUACGACACCUACUGUGCCAUGGCAAGUUGUGGAUCUUCCAGAUGCACUCCAGACAAACGGCUGCGAAAUCGCAACCAUUAAUGGACUUGUGUCCGAAGACAGACACUCAAUAUCAUCAACAGGCUGGAGCAUAGGUAGUAUAGACUCGUCCGGAACUGUAACUGCUGGCGAGAUUGACGGUACUCCGGAAGAAGUAGUCAACGAACUAUGUUUGGACUUGCUACAACGCUUUCAGCAGGAUCAACCUUUGAGCGAAGUGGUUAGUCACAAGCAAUUGACUGACGCCUUUGCACGUAUCAUCAGGGACUUUAACCAGGGCAAGCCCACGACAGCGCUGAGGUAUGGCCGACUCCGCUAUGCCCUCGAGACUCUUGCUGAGGUCAUGCUUGGCCAGUUUCCAAUCUGGGAAUGGGCUAGGAGAUAUAAUAUGGCCAGGCGCUACCAGGCUACCCGCCAAAUAAUACCUGACAUCCAAAGUGGCAGCCGAAAAGCUCGCCUCCUGUCGACUCUAUGCUGCUGCAGCGCCCCUAAGGAUCUAGAAAUGGAAGAUCCUGACCCGAACCCCAGAGUUCCAGUGAGCCGCGAAUCCAGGAAAAAUCUCACAUAG